AUGGUUCCGACGACAGACAACGAGCUCACAUACAUAUUCGUGGGCGUGUUCUUCUUCAAACCGAGCGGACCGAACAGCGAGACAUCGGCGUCCUCCGACAAGCCCGGCAGAACCGCACCGCGUUCGUGGAAACUCCCCCGGCCGCGUGCGAAUACCAGACUGGGAGUCAUCGUGGAACGGAGUUGUGGCUUGCGCGCGUUGCCAAUGGCUUGCGACGAUGCUAGUGCGGCACCUUGAUGUCGUGCUCAUCAGGCUAGCAGGUCUAGCGAAUGCGCCGCAACCGGCUUGAGAGGAAGCGAUCCUAGGCGGUGUGCUGUGGUGGUGAGAGGUCGGCGAGAUGGACUGUGGUGGAAUAGAACUACUGUGGUGGUCAUCUUCGUAUGAUGGUUUGAUGGGCCGGAGUAGCAGGCAUUGAUCGCGAUGCCUGGCUGUUGGGAACGAGGUGAUGUCAUUCCCUCUCAGCUGAGAGAAAGGAAGUGAGAGCCGAGAACUUUGUAGAACGAUUCCACACUUUGGCAAUCCUG